AACUCUGAGGAUCAAACAUGCACGUUUCUUUAACCACAAUUUUCCAUUUUAAUGUAAAUCCCGUUGCACCCACUGAAUACGAACCCCCAAAUAUGGCAGAGGGGCUCUGUUUCUGUACAAUAUGUCUGGUUUUGAUUCAGCUCUUAUGGCGGUCGAAUCGUAUCACAGAACCGGCAUUCUGUGAAAAUGUUAGAGAAAUCAAGGUCUGGAGAGCGUUUCCGUUGGAUUCUGGUGAUAGUAGUAUUGGCCCUCGUCCUUUGUGUUAUACUGGUCAUAAAGAAGCCACAUAGUCUCUACGAUGAGGCGGCUCCUGUGCCGGGGCCUCCUGCCGCUCCUGUCAAGAAAUACGCCAACGCUCUCAAGAUCGCCAUGCAAUUCUUCGACGUACAGAAAUCUGGGAAGUUGGUAGAUAACAUGAUAUCUUGGAGAGGGGAUUCUGGUCUUAAAGACGGUAGCGAAGCUAGGUUGGAUUUGUCAAAAGGAAUGUACGAUGCAGGGGAUCACAUGAAGUUUGGUUUUCCAAUGGCCUUCACUGCCACAGUGUUGUCGUGGGCUAUUCUCGAGUAUGGAGAUCAAAUGGAAUCUGUGGAUCAGUUUACAGAUGCUAAAAGCUCGCUCAAGUGGAUCACUGACUACCUUAUCAACGCUCAUCCUUCCGAGAAUGUUCUCUACGUUCAGGUGGGUGAUCCUGAAGCAGACCAUAACUGUUGGGACAGGCCUGAAGUCAUGACCGAGGAGAGGCCACUCACGCAGGUCAACGCAUCUUCUCCAGGAACAGAGGUUGCAGCCGAGACUGCAGCGGCGAUGGCUUCAGCAUCGCUGGUGUUUAAGGAAAUAGAUCCGAAUUACUCGAGAACACUCCUGGAGCAUUCCAAACAACUGUUUAAUUUUGCGGACAAGCAUAGACAUUCUUAUAGUAUUAGCUUCCCUGAAGUCCAGAAGUACUACAAUUCAACAGGAUAUGAAGAUGAGCUCUUAUGGGCAGCUAGCUGGCUCUAUCAUGCUACCAUGGAUCGCUUCUAUCUUCAAUAUGCGACCAAAAAAAAUGGAAAAGCCUUUGCUAACUGGGGAACUCCAACCUGGUUUAGUUGGGAUAACAAGCUUGCAGGAACCCAGGUUCUGUUGUCCAGGUUAACCUUCUUUGGAUGCAAAGAGGUGUCAAAAUCCCUCAUAUCUGGUCUUCAAAAAUACAGAGAGACGGCUGAGGCUGUAAUGUGUGUCCUCCUACCAAAUUCUCCAACAGCCACAACCAGCAGAACUACUGAAGGGGGUCUUAUAUGGGUCAAUGAAUGGAACUCUCUGCAGCAUCCUGUUGCUUCUGCAUUCUUAAUUGCACUUUUCAGUGAUUACAUGCUUACAUCCCAGACUGCAAAGCUCUCGUGUAAUGACGAUUCCUUCACCCCAGCUGAUCUUCGUAAUUUUGCGCAAUCUCAGGCUGAUUAUGUCUUGGGUGACAAUCCUUCGGAAAUGAGUUUUCUAGUGGGUUAUGGCCAUAGAUACCCGCAAUAUGUGCACCACAGGGGAGCUUCAAUUCCAGCUGAUGCAAAUACUGGCUGCAUAGAUGGGUUCAAGUGGUUUGACUCAACCGAUCCCAAUCCGAAUGUAGCCAUCGGAGGACUUGUCGGCGGGCCUUUUCUAAACGGAACUUACAUCGAUUCCCGUAACAACUCCAUGCAAGGGGAACCCACUACAUAUAAUAGUGCCCUCAUAGUUGGCCUUCUAUCGAGUUUGGUCACCACCUCUUCAGUAGUUUCAUCCUUCACCUAAAUUUCCUUAAUUUAGUAAGCAAUUGAGUACAUGAUCAUCAAGCCGUUUGCAUGACCUGUUUCUCCAUCUAAUUAGGUUUCUUUACACAGGUGAGAAGUGAUUUUUAGCUCAAUUGCUCUAGAUCUUUCCUGGUCACUUGUCCUGGCAAGCGUUAGAUUUAGUUGUUUCUCUGCAGUGAUUAUGUAUUGAUUUGUUGGUUCAUUAACUAUAUCCUCUUUGUUAAUCUUUUUUGGAUUGUUUUUGUGUUCCAUCAUCCAUCAACAGAUUGCAUAGCAGCAAGUGUAA